AUGGUGUUGAAGCCAUCAAAACCCCGUCCAACCCCGAAGCAGCAGCCUCAGCAACCCAGCCCAUCAUGGGCCCGCCACAUCACGCUGGACCUGCUCCUACUGAUCCUGGCCAACUCGGUCUUCCACCCGUGGAUCACGCUGGUCUUCUACCUGUGCCUGGCCGCCGUGCACAAGCACCGGGAGCCCCUCGCGUACUACACGCUGUACUACACGGCGUUUUUGGCGAUUGUGGAGUUGGCCAUCUGGCUCAACCACCGCCUCACGUACGGCAGGCACAGAAAGGUCAACUGGGCGGAGGACAACGAGGUCGUGGUCAUCACGGGCGGCGCGCAGGGGUUGGGCAGAGUGCUGGCCGAGAUGGUGCUGAGAAAAGGCGCCAAAGUGGCCGUCUUGGACGUCCUGCCGCCGGAUGAGGAGGCGCAAGAGGAGAUGGAGCGCUGGGAUCUGGUCUGGGAGGUGGUGGAUGUGAGUAAUGCGGAAGAAGUAAAGAAAGCGGUGGACAGAGUUGUUGAUGAGCUUGGGCCACCGACAAUCCUGGUCAACAACGCAGCAACGUCCAUCAACGGCCUUCCGCUGGCCUCUCCGGCUUCCUCAGAUACAUCAACAUCAGCCCUAUCUCCCCAACAAGCCACCAAAACCAUCACAACCAACACGCUCGGCCACUUCACCGUCCUCUCUGCCGUCCUGCCUCAUCUUCUCACCUCGUCCCAGGGCGCCCAUAUAAUAACAAUUUCCUCAAUCCUCUCGCACCUCGCGCCGGCCAAAUUGGCCGACUACAGCGCAUCGAAAGCUGCCGUCUCAGCUCUCCACAACACUCUGUGCCACGAACUCCGCACGCACCCCGAUCCCUCGGUCUUUGACAAGGUGAAAACCAUCCUCGUCGAGCCAGGUCAACUAUCCACACAGCUAUUUGCGGAUAUCACAAGAGUGCCCUUUUACGCGCACUUUUUCGGACCGGUGUUGGAGGCCAAGGACGUAGCCAAGGAGAUUGUGCGGUGGGUGGAAAGAGGUGACGGCGGGGUGAUCCGCAUGCCAUUUUAUGCCAAAUGUGUGCCGUUUCUGGGCGUGAUGCCGGGGGCUGUCCAGAGGGUGGUGCGGUGGUGGAGUGGAAUCGAUCGAGCGAUUGUUGCGAGGGAGAAGAAAGUCUGA